ACCUCACUCCCGUGAAACCACCUGAUCUGAUCAACACACUCCGUCAGACCAAGACUUCUACCCGCUACACACCUGCACUGCACUCUUUCCUGCUGCUGCUUGCACUCUUUCCGUCUUCUUUACUUUGAAUCGUUUUCUCUGCACACACGGUGCUUCGAAUCCGAAUUGAGCGACACGAACAUCUGAUCAUCGUCCCGUCUCAUUGAUCCCAUCUGUAGAGUCAAUCCGAUUGUCCCGAGCCACUGUCUUCUCGUUGACACUCGCUGACUACUACGCCUUUUACUUCCACGCACUCUUGCUCCCGCUUCAAGACCAUUCAGGCCCAACGACUUGCGCUGCUUCGUAUGGAUAUUGUGGCUAGCUCGAUUAUCUCCAACACCCCCGUCUACAAGCCCGCUUGCUCGUCUCGUGACCCGAUCGCGUCAUUGGUGAGUUUUGCUGAACUGGAGAAGAACGCUGUUCUUGCUGCUGCUGAUCCCUUUACUACCACUACGACAACCAGGACAAUUGGAGGAGUCUACGGACCACACUAGACUAGGUCACUUCUACCAUGGCUCUCGAGCACCCGCUUGUCAGCGGCCACGAGCGCCCGAUGCCGCGCGCACGCGAGCGGUCGGCCUCACCGACCAUCGGCCUUCUGCCAGCCGCGGCCAUGCCGGCCGCAGGCGACGCUGAUGACACCGACGCCGACGCCGAUGUCGACGGCCUGUCGCCUGCGCUUCAAGGCUCCAGCACAUCGAAUCAGUGCCGCGCACCGCCGUCGCGUGCGCUUGUUCAAGAGCGAGUCCUUGCCUUUGCACGGACAGCAUCGCAGUCGCAGAUUGUCGAGCUCCUGCGCAAACUCUCAUCGGCAACGUCGAUCAUCGCCGACCUCGAAGCAGCCAAUGCGCAGCUUGUGGCGGCGAACCAGAACCUCGUCCGCCACGCCAUGGCGGCGUCGACCCAUGCCUCUGCGCUCGCCGACAAGAACGUUCGGCUGGUGGCAGAGCUGCAGCGGAAGCGCAAGCGCGAGCCCGCGGUCGAGACUCCCAGCAUCGCCACCUUACGCACGCCAUCCAAACGGCCGCGCCUUUUGUCGGCGAGGCGGCGAAGCGGUCCGCGGGUGGUCAUUCCGCCGGCAACCGCCGCAGCUGCGGCGGCAGCGCCGGUCUCGUCUCCGCUCGGCGGCGUCGAGCCAACGACGCCGUUUGCGGAUCUCGCCGCACCCGCUGCCAUGCUUGUAGUCGACGCUACGUCCGAGCUCUCGCCGCGGCCUGCCCGCAGCUGCUAG